CCAAAUAAAAUUUGAUUUUGACAUAAAAUAAUCCAGAUUACAUUAAAUGAGAAAAUCUAUAGAUGUAUAGCAUAAUUAGUUAACUGCCAUUGCUUUUCUCAUUCGUGUAAAACUAAAUGGCAGAAACCAUCAUAUUCAUAUAGUAGCAUAAUCAUUGAACUUGACAGCAUCCCUCCCUGUGAGUGAGAUCUAUUAAUUACAAGUCUCCACCGCGGCCGCCGCCGCUGCAUCGAUGUCAGCAACAUCGAGCUCUGAUUCGUGCACCUCUCGACACUUUUCAUGGCUGAUGAAAUCCUGCUUUCCCAAUCCUCAGCAGCCCCACCACCCCUCCGCCCUUUCGACCACUAGUAUCGGCGCCGCCGACACCACCAUUUCGUGCCUCCCCGACGAUCUUGUGCUGGAAUGUCUCUCCAGAGUCCCUCACUCCACCCUCCCCUAUCUCCCUUCUGUUUGUCGCCGCUGGGCCUACCUCCUCAACUCCCCCGCUUUCCACCUCCUCCGCCUCCGCCACCACACCCUCUUCCACACCCUCUUCUCUAUCUCCAUUUCCAACUCCGCCCUCUUCGCUGCCGCCCUCCGCUUCCCCGACCCCUCCUGGAAGCUCUCAUCCUUCGUUCCCUCCAAAGAGAACGGCAGCGGCGCUGCUUUCUCUCUCUUCUCGCAUUUCCGAUUGGUCUCAAUUGGCCGGAAAAUAUACAUAAUCGACCGGACGGCGAUGCUGCGGUGUGACACGUGGACGGGGACGCUGGUGCCCAAGGCCGGGAUGACCUUUCCGAGGAAGAAGUUCGCCGCCGCGGCGGUCGACGGGAAGAUACUCGUCGCCGGCGGCUGCGCCAGAUCUUCGGUGGUGGAGGAGUACGACCCCGACGAGAACGCGUGGCGCGUGCUGUCGGAGGCGCCGCGGCGGAGGUACGGCUGCAUCGGGGCGUCCGCCGACGGCGUCUUCUACGUCAUCGGCGGGCUGAAGAUCGGGCACGAGGUGUCGGCGCGUGGCGCUCCCGAGGCGGCGCACGUCUACGCCAGCUCGAUGGACCUGUACGACGUGGCGUCGCGCGGCUGGCUGAGGAGCCGCGCGGUCCCCGGCGGGGGGUGCGUGGUGGCGGCCUGCGGCGCCGGCGGCGAUGUGUACAUCCUGUCGAGCCACGCGGUGGAGCUGUCGUUCUGGCGAUUCAGCGCGUCGAGGAAGAGCGCGUGCUUCGGCGAGUGGUGCAGGAUAAGGAGCCCGCCGCUGCCGGCGCAGGUUAGGCUGGACAGCACGGUGAGGUUCAGCUGCGUGGGGCUGGGGAGUAAGGUGGCGCUGGUGCAGGUGGUGGGUUGCAUCGAUGACCUGCUGCGGAGGAGCGGGCGGGUGGAGAGGGGGCUCAAGGAGGGGCUGGUGUUGGUGUAUGAUUGCGCCGCCGACGAGUGGAGUAGAGCGGCGGAUAUGCCGCAGCUCAUCCGACGCGCCGCCUGCGUGUGCGUGGAGUGCUAACGUGCGCGGGGGUCACGGGUUUGGUGUUUCGUAAUUCUAUUCUACGUGAGGAUGAAUCUUUUUUGACUUUUUGGGGGUCUCGAGGCGGAGCUGGUAUUUCGUCCGCUUUAGGAGGGCACUCAUGGUAAUUCUCAUUAUUCACUAUUGGUUACACAAAUUUAUUCUUUUAUAUUUAUAUUAUUUUAUUAUUAUUUGAUUUUUUUUAGGCAUUUAUUAUUUGAGUAUUGAUACUUGUUCAACAACUCUUGUGUUCAAUUAUAAUUUUGUAUUUCAAUUUUAACAUUUAAGUUAUUUAACAAUUUUUUGAAUUUA